AUGGUACGCAAUUGCGAUGCGUGUGCCUUACACAGAAAUAGCCUUACAACAGUUCCUCUUCAUCCGUGGGAAUUUCCAGACAGACCUUGGCAACGUUUACACCUUGAUUUUGCGGGGUUGUUCAAGAAUUUUAUGUGGCUCAUAGUUGUCGAUGCCCAUUCAAAAUCGCCAGAGGUUUUUAAAUAUCACGUUAGAUCAAGCGGAACAAAGCAAGUAAUAUCGUCAUUAAAACACCUAAUUGCGAGUUUUGGAAUUCCAAAGCAAAUCGUCACCGACAAUGGCCCUCAGUUUGUGGCGAAAGAGUUUAAGGAUUUUUGUAAUCAGCAAGGAAUCUUUCACAGUUUAACACCUCGUUACCACCCUAAAAGUAAUGGACAAGCAGAAAGAUUCAUUCAGUCGUUUAGGAGAGCAGUCCGAAAAGGAUUAGAAACACCAGGAGCGAGACUGCAAGACGUUGUUACUGACUUUCUCGUGGUAACCAGGAGUACAGAACAUAACACUACUGGGGACUCUCCAUCCAAACUUCUAUUGGGUAGAGAACUUCGAUGUUCUCUCGAUUUGCUAGUGCCAGAAUUACCUGCCCAUCAAGAUCAGACUAAGCAGUUACUGAAACGCAAAGUUUAA